CAGGAACCAUUUGAUUUCCACCACUCCUGAGUCCUGGCUGACCUGCUUGACCAUAUUGAGUCGUUUGCUGGAGACAACACUGAUUGAUAAACACACUCUCAACGUUGCAGUUGAGAAACAUACUAAUAAGUAAUGAUCAUUACCAAUACUUCACACCCUGCAGCAUUUUCUCUUCUUAAUUGUACAACCAUGAUUUCCAACUUUCUCCGAUUCUACAUUCUCUUCUUUUUUCUGUUGGGAACCUCAACAACUUUCGUAUAUUCAUUUUCAAACAAUUUCACUGAUCAAGAGGCUUUGCUUUCUUUAAAGCAUUCAAUAAGUAAAGACCCCUCGGGUGUGCUAGACUCGUGGAACAAUUCCAUCAACUUCUGUCAUUGGACAGGCAUUACAUGCAGUCGCAGAAGACAGAGGGUAACAGAAAUCGAUCUCUCAUCACUAAACUUGGCGGGUACAUUGUCUCCUCGUAUUGGAAACCUAUCGUUUCUAAAGACAAUUUCCCUCAAUGCAAACAGCUUACAUGGCUUCAUUCCCGGUGAAAUUGGCCAACUGUUGCGCCUACAACAUCUUUCUCUGGCAAACAACUCCUUUCAAGGUGGUUUUCCUGUUGAUUUGCAUGGUUGUAAAAAUAUAAGAACUAUUGAUCUGGAAAACAACCAUCUUGAAGGAGAAUUAGCAAUUGACUUUGCUUCUUGGUCUAAACUUUAUAUGUUUGCUGUAGAUAUCAAUGAAUUUAGUGGAUCAAUUCCACCAUCUAUAGGAAAUAUAUCAUCUCUUCGUAUUCUUGAUCUGGGUCGUAACAAUUUUAAAGGGAAACUACCCACUGAUUUUUCUUCUUGGCCUAAGCUAGAUGAGUUUAGUGUUAUACACAAUCAUAUUGAUGGAUCCAUUCCGCCUUCAAUAGGGAAUAUAUCAUCUCUUCGUGAUCUCUUUUUAGGUUACAAUAAUCUAGUUGGGGGAAUACCUCUCGAAGUGUCUCAUCUUGCCAAAUUAGAGCGACUUAGUUUGUCAGGAAACAGGUUGUCGGGUAUGGUUCCCCUACCACUUUACAACUUUUCGUCCCUCUCUAUUUUUGCUCUAGACAAUAAUCUGUUAGAAGGAACGCUUCCAUCAGAUUUGGGCUUCACCCUUCUCCCCAGACUACAAAAGUUCUAUGCUGAAAAUAACACUUUUACGGGCACACUUCCACCUUCAAUAGCUAAUGCUUCCAAUCUUGUUAUCUUUGAACUGGCACUUAACAAUAUAACUGGGCCUAUACCGAACAAUUUGGGUAGCCUUCCUAAUCUUCAACACCUAAGUCUGGCUGUUAAUCCACUUGGAGAGAAUAUGCGGCCCAAUGACUGGAGAUUUUUCAAUUCCUUGGUUAAUUGUACCCAUCUAAAGGUGUUGGAAUUAGCUGAGUGUAGUUUAAGAGGGGAGCUACCUAAGUCCAUUGCAAAUCUCUCCACCACGAUGGAAUUCCUGUAUUUGUAUAGAAACCACAUAUACGGAAACAUACCUCUUGAAAUUGGAAAACUUGUGAGCUUGACACAUCUUCAUUUAGGAGAAAACUUCUUAACGGGCAGAAUUCCACAAUCAAUUGGAAGACUAUCAAAGUUAGGUGGGCUAGCUUUGUAUGGAAACAGUCUUGCAGGAACAAUCCCAACUUCCAUUAGCAACAUUACUCAAUUAGCUGCUCGCUAUUUAGAUGCUAAUGUGCUCCAAGGAAGCAUACCUUCUGAAUUGUUUAACAUCUCAACUCUAGAGGAAGUGUUCCUUUCUAACAACAGACUUACAGGGGUAAUACCUGCGGAGGUUGUGCUUUUCUCCCAUUGUAUUCACCUUAAUUUGUCCCACAAUCUGUUCAGCGGUCCACUUCCCUCCAACAUUGGAAGCUUGAAACAAUUGGUUGAACUAGAUGUUUCAAACAACAAACUAAGAGGAGAUAUACCAGCUACUUUGGGCGAUUGUGUAAUGUUGGAGAUUUUAAAUGUGGAAGGAAACCUUUUUCAAGGUAAAAUUCCGUCUUCUUUCAAAGCUUUGAGAAGUCUUGUAUUGCUAGAUCUUUCAAACAAUGAUAUUAAUGGGAGUAUCCCAAGCUUUUUUGAUGAGUUUCGUCAAAUUGUGUUCCUCAACCUGUCGCACAACAAGCUUGUAGGUGAAGUUUCGAAAGAAGGUCUGUUUUCAAAAGUUAGUGCCUUUUCCGUUAUUGGAAAUUCGGAGCUCUGUGGAGGUAUUCAAGCAUUGCAGUUACCUGCUUGUCCUGAAAAAGUCUCCAGGAAAAAGAAAAGAGCAUUUUCCCAGAGAGUAAUACUACUCCUAGUUCUUGUACCCCUCGGAAUGUUGUUAGCAUGUCUUGCGUUGAUUUACUAUAAACGUAGAAACUCCAAGAAGUUUAAUGACCCUGUCCCAGGAUUGAAGGAUGAUCAAUAUCCCAAACUUUCUUACCAAGACCUUCUACGAGCCACAAAUGAAUUUUCUCCAAAUAAUUUGCUCGGUGAAGGAACAUACGGUUCCGUUUACAAAGGAGUUCUCGACUCGGUGGAACACGUACUCGCGGUGAAGGUGCUAAACAUUAAAACACAUGGAGCCAACAAGACUUUUCUGGCAGAAUGUGAAACAUUGAGGCACAUUCGUCAUCGGAAUCUUAUCAAGAUCAUCACAGCAUGCUCUAGCAUUGAUUUUAAGGGAAAUGACUUUAAGGCAUUGGUUUUUGAGUUUAUGACUAAUGGGAGUGUGGACAAGUGGUUGCAUCCAAGUCCUGAUCAAGGGAAUGAAAGAUACUUGACUCUACUUCAAAGACUAAGUAUUUCCAUUGAUGUUGCUCUAGGAGUGGAUUACCUACAUCAUCACGCCCAUGAUAGUAUUAUUCAUUGCGACCUAAAGCCAAGUAAUGUUCUUCUUGAUCAGGAUUUUGUUGCUCGUAUUGGUGAUUUUGGUUUGGCGAGGUUCCGCUUCGCUGCUACUACAAGUGACAUCAAUCAAGCACAUUUGAGUUCUGCUGGUGUACGCGGAACAGUUGGAUAUGUGCCUCCAGAGUAUGGAAUGGGUGCUGAGAUAUCUGUAGAGGGAGAUGUAUAUAGCUAUGGGAUCUUUCUACUAGAAAUGUUUACGGGCAAACGACCUACAUGUAGCAGCGCAUUGCUGGACAAUGAUAAUAAUCUUCAUGACUAUGUGAGGAAUGCACUCCCACAAAGGGUUAUGAACAUUGUGGAUCCACGGAUCAUAAUAGAUCAAGAAGAUCAUGGUUUAACAACAAAUCAUUCAUACAGCAAGGCUAUCUUAGAGGUAUGCCUGACAUCAAUAUUUCAAGUGGGGAUACUAUGUUCAGUUGAAAUGCCCAAAGAGCGCAUUGACAUUGGUAUUGCGAUCAAGCAGCUACAUGCAGCAAGAGACAAACUUCUGCAGCACAGCCAUUAACCCUGUCUCUAUAUCUCUGCUUUUCCUAUGUUUCUAUCUCUUGAUACCACAUAUUGGGAUCUGAUUUUGUAUUGAACUAAAACAUGGCUUAUUAUA